AUGGCUUCCGCAGACCAGUUCGAGGCGAUCCGCGAGCAGGUCGCGCGUGCCGUCGCCGACCAGCUGUCCCGCGCCGACAUCGACUGGAGCUCGGUCGAACAGCUGGUCGAUCCGGUCGUAUGUAUCGAAGCCAAAUUUCGAGACCGUUCGAGGGAAGAAAGCACUCAAACAGCGGCUGGUCUAACUGUGACGCAUGUCGUUGACCUGACAGGAGUGGUUACACCAAAGUCUGGUACUCCAUUCGAGCCACCAGAGGAUAUAACAACCAGAGCAGUAGACGAUGUUGCACCAUCUGCUGGCACGAUACUGCCUUCCCUGCCUCGGGGCUCACACGUGGCGAAUUCCGAUGCCUUAAGGUCAAGAGUGCAACCCAGAUCAGGGCCGGCACAGGAAUCGAAUUCUGAGGAAGCAUCAGACGCCGAGGACGAGGAUCAUACCAACAUCUCAAGGAAAGCCAUCAGUGGCUUGCGGCCAAGUCGCGGAGAUGUGCCUCUUGUCGAGAACAACACGCAAAGACAGAUGCAGAUUGCUGAUGGCAAUUUCCCCAAGCGACGCAAAGCUGAGUCCGUCGGCUAUGCUUUGAAGCCGUCUACCUUGGACAAGCUGAUCGUCGGGAUAUGGGAACAGAUCCAUGGCGGCAUCAGUAUAGAUCCGCAAGGGCUCAUGGAUCAGUUCAUGGCGGGGCCGCUGCUCCAGGGCGCGCAGGGCUCUCAAGUAGGGAUGCAUUCUUCGGGCCUCACUCAACCCCCAGGCGCAAGUCUAUUCCAAAAUGGAAGGCCUUUCAACGACACGAACCUGUUCUGCAGGAAAGUCACUCAAGCCAGCCGGACGUGCAGGUCGGUCGAGGUUAUCGUACAGGCACGCUGGGUUGAGUACUUUGACGCCUACGUCGAGCAUCUCAAGACAGCCAACCCGUCGACUUCGGACACGAAGCAUCGCAAGGCAGCGCUCGUGGAAGCAUGCAGUGACUUUGGGUGGUCGGACAAGGAACUACGGAACAAGAUGGCCAUCUGGCGAGGCUACAAGGAGAUCAAAGAUGCCGGCGGCUGGGCGUCGCUGGUGUUUGCUGGAAUGGGUAUUUACCGAUUCUGCAAGUAUCGUAUUGGGUUCGACAAGGAAAGCAUGCAGCGUCUCGCCAGUCUGCGUCCAGCACUCAAGGUGGCGGCGGAUACGACGCACCCGAAUUGGCGACAGCUGCUCUCCAUCAUCGGUGAAUCCCCUGAGCGGGUCUACCACGGCCACCCACACGACUGGGUGGUCUUCCCGGAUGGUACACCCCCGGCGCCGCUACACACGAUGUACCUGCAGUGGGAUCCAUACUUCAACUUCAGACACAUAGAGGAGUGCAUAAUCGACGAGCGAGCCUGGGGCGGCGACGACCCGCGCUGGUCCCCGCCAACAGACGCCGCUCUGACCAGAAUCUCACCCCUCCCCAUCUGCGCCACCUGCAGCCAAGAACAGUCCGACGACCUCAAGCAGAACAACUGCUACUGCUUCCCCUCGCUCUUCGGGAGCGCCAGCCCUCACCGCAGCCCAGUACAGGUGUUCCGCACGCUCAACGGGCGCAGCAACGGCCUGCUGGCGCUGUGCGCCUUCGAGCGCGGCGCCGCGGUCGGCGAGUUCGUCGGCGUCGUUACGCGCGGGCUGCAAGACGUUGACGUCAUGGAGGGCGCCAAUGCGGCCGGAUCGACGACGUACCAGAUCUGGCAGGGGCGGCAGGGCAACUUCACGCGCUUCGUGAACCAUAGCUGCAAUGCCAACGCGCAGUACCAGCGCUUCGCGUGGCUCGACACGCAGAGGGUGGUGCUGGUUAGUAAGGGCAUUGAGGCCGGGGCGGAGAUCACGGUCGACUACUCGGAUAAGUACUGGAGGGGGUUGGAUAAGAAGUGUCUUUGUGGGGAGAAAAGGUGUAGGUAUCGGAGGGAUUCUUGA